AUGACAGAUGAUAUUUCUCUUCCAACAACUGUCUCAUUUUUAAGAGUUGGUAAACGUCGUUUAGAAAUCUUUCAAAAAGCCUGCAUCAGAUUUGGUCUUAGUGUUGUCAACCAUACUAGCCACAAUUCGUUUAUUUUAAUUGAUGAUGAACUCGAUUUUAUUUCAGCAAGUAAAGCAUUAAAAAGCUCGUCGUUCUCGUCAUCGCCAAUACUUAUUCGAACACAAUGGUUAAGUGAUUCAAUUAAACAGAAUAAACUUUUACCACAUCACUCUUACAUACUUCAUGCUAAUCUUCCUCAAUCAGUAUCAUCAGUAACAGAAACAUGUAAUUCUUCAAAUAGAAAUGAAACCAUAACACAAGGAUCAUCGAUAAAACGAGAACGUUCAAUAUCAUCAUCAGCAUCCGACACUGAUGAAGAAUCUAAUUCAAAAAAACGUAAUAUCGAGAUUCAACCGAUUCAACCAGGUGAUUUACCAAAAACGACUGGGAUCUGGCUAUGUUCGGAAGCUUCUUCAUCGACUUCGAUUAAUGGAAAUCCAAAUGAAAAAAUCAUUGAAAAAUUAAAAGAAAUGUCAAAAUUAUAUCUAAUAACUAAUGAUAAAGGUCGCAGUAUUGCCUAUCAAAAAGCUAUCGAAGCACUUAAACGCUGUACACAUCCAAUUCGAAGCUACGAAGAAAUCAAAGCUUUACCAUAUGUAAAACAAUCUUUAGCUGAUAAAAUUUGGGAAAUCAUUCGCACCAAUGGACUUGUAAAAUUAUCUGCAUUUCAAUCACGUGAUGAUGUUGCUACACUGGGUUUAUUUGCUGGUGUGUGGGGUGCUGGUACUGAAACAACAAAACAGUGGUUUGCACAAGGUUUUCGUACGCUUGACGAUUUACGAAACCGAGCGCGUCUUACACGUACACAACAAAUUGGUUUAAAAUAUUAUGAUGAUUUUAAUGCACGUAUUCCACGUGAUGAAGUUACACGUAUUGAAACAAUUGUUAAACAAACAGCUAAUGAAGUUGUGCCAGGUCUCGUGAUGGAAACGUGCGGAAGUUAUCGCCGAUUAAAACCAUCAUGUGGUGAUAUUGAUAUAUUAAUAACAUUUAAAGAUGGUAAAAGACAUCUACACGAAAGUGUACUUUCACCAUUAAUUGAUAAAUUAAAAGCAAUAGAAUUUCUUACUGAUGACUUAAUUAAUCAUUCUGAAACAUCAUCAUCAACAGGCAAUACUUCAGAACAAAUGACGUAUUUUGGUGUAUGCCGUUUACUUGAGCCGGGCUCACUGCAUCGUCGCAUCGAUCUAAUAUUUAUACCAGCAAAUGAAUGGGCUUGUUCGUUACUUUAUUUUACUGGAUCGGCGAUGUUUAAUCGAUCUAUGCGUCGUUUAGCACGUCGUUUAAAUAUGUCACUUUCUCAACAUGGACUUUAUAAUGGUGUCGUACGAAAAGGUGUUGAGAAAAUACAUACAGGUCAAGCAUUGCAUACACCAACUGAAGAGUCAAUUUUUCAAUACCUUAAUUUACCUUAUCGGCCACCAGAAGAUCGUGAUCAUUGA